GGGUGGUGCCUCGCGUUUUGCGCGGGGCUGGCUUAAAACACGUGGAGUCUCCCCGACACGCAGCAAGCGUCCAGACUUCAUUCAUUCGUGGCGCCGCGUCUGCUGCUCCAGGCCGCUACUGAAGAAGAGGGGGAGGGGCGAGCAGACUGCGCCAUCCUCGUGGUGCAGGCCGCGAACCGGCACGCGUCUCGCGACCAUCCCGUCAUGGCCGCUCAGCCGUUGACCAUGAGCUUCAGCGCGGUGGACUACACAAUCUGUGCCGUGCUGCUGCUCGUCUCGUGCGGCAUCGGCCUCUACCAUGGCUGCGUUGGGGGAGGACAGAAGACCACGCGCUCAUUCCUCAUGGCCGACCGCAGCAUGAGCUGUGGGCCCGUGUCUCUGUCGCUGCUUGCCACGUUCCAGUCGUCCGUCGGCAUCCUCGGCACCCCGGCCGAGGUGUACCGCUUCGGCACCGAGUACUGGCUCCUCGGCCUCUCCUACUUCCUGGGCCUGCUGAUCCCUGCGCACGUUUUCAUUCCCGUCUUCUACCGGCUGAAGCUCACGAGUACAUACGAGUACCUGGAGUUGCGCUUCAAUAAAACGGUCCGGAUAUGUGGAACAGCUACUUUCAUUUUCCAGAUGGUCGUGUACAUGGGAGUGGGGCUCUAUGCCCCAGCGCUGAUACUCAAUACAGUGACGGGAAUCAGCCUGUGGGCCUCUGUGACUGGUCUGGGCUUGGUGUGCACACUCUACACGGCCAUCGGUGGCCUGAAGGCCGUGAUCUGGGCAGACGCGUUCCAGACGGUCGUGAUGGUGGCGGGGCAGCUCGCCGUGAUCGGCGUGGGGUGCUGGCAGGCCGGCGGCAUAGGCCGCGUGUGGGACAUCGCCAGCCAGGGGGGACGGAUCUCAGCGAUCAACUGGAACCCUGACCCCACGGAGCGGCACUCGUUCUGGAGUCUGUCCAUCGGUGGCAUGUUCAUGAUGCUAGCGCUGUACGGCGUCAACCAGGCGCAGGUGCAGCGCUACCUGUGUGCGCGCUCCGAGCGCCAGGCGAUUCUGUCGUGCUACGUGGUGUUUCCGUGGCAGCAGAUCGUCCUCGCGAUCAGCUGCGUGAUGGGCCUGGUGAUGUACGCGCGCUAUCAGGAGUGCAGCCCUCUCAACACGGGCCUUCUCAAGAGCCCAGACCAGCUGGUGCUGUAUUUCGUGAUGGACGUUCUUCGUGACCUGCCAGGCCUGCCAGGCCUGUUUGUUGCCUGCCUUUUCAGCGCUUCACUCAGCACCAUCUCGUCAGCCUUCAACUCUCUGGCCACGGUGACCUUGGAGGACCUGGUCCGGCCGUGUGUGCCCGGGCUGUCCGAGCAGAACGCCAUGCGGACUUCCAAGGCACUCGCCGUGGCCUACGGGAUUCUCUGUCUGGGCUUGGCCUACAUUGCGUCUCUCAUGGGCUCCGUGCUGCAGGCGGCCAUCAGUAUUUUUGGGAUGCUGGGAGGCCCUCUUCUGGGAGUGUUUUCCCUCGGCCUGUUUUUCCCUCGUGCCAACUCUACUGGAGCGAUUGUGGGGCUGGCGUGUGGGCUCUGCAUGGCCCUGUGGAUAUUCAUCGGCAGCUUUCUAUCUCGUGCCCGGCUGGCAGGCCGCUCCGUUGAGGCCGCCGUGGGCUGUUUGAAUGCCACUCUUUCCCUAGCCAGCACGAUGAGUACCCUGCUGCCCAUCCCCUCCACCGUGGCCACCCUUCCCUCCACCGUCACUAGCGGCCAGCAAACAGGGCUGUCCGGAUUGGACUCGUUCUACUCGCUGUCCUACAUGUGGUACACGGCGCACAACGCUGCCACGGUGGUGCUGGUCGGAAUGCUCGUCAGCCUGCUAACAGCCCCCAUGGAGAGCAUUGACCCGCGCACUCUGGUGCCAGUGGCUUACACUCUGUGCCGCUGCCUUCCUGCUAGCGCCCGCGCGUGGCUCUGCUGCACCACGUCCAGUGAUCAUGAGAUCAAACAAAAACCUUCUGCAGAUUCAUCAGAAAACCAGACAGAUUUGACCAUGGUCCCCCUUGCAGAACAAGACCUGGAAAACCCCAAACCCCCACAGGAAGCAACCUCCAAUAGCACCUAUCUGUGAAUUCGAACAUCAUUUUGCCAAGGAUUUGAGGGUUUGGAGGUGGGUAGAUGAUGUGAGGAGUAAGGUUUGUGAAUGUACUUGACUUUGUUGGCACUUUUCCACUGGCACAUCUGAGCCGAGCCAGCAUGGUGUGUUCAUGGCAUGGGUGGGUCCCAGCUGGUUAUUUUUCUGUGCUGAACCAGAAACGAACCACGAUAUGCUAGGCUCGCAAGACAAUCAAAAUCCAACUUGGGCCAAGUUGGACCAGGAGCAGGGCUAAUUCAUGCAUUCAUUUGGUGUGAUGUCAUUCGGUGCACUGACCGUCGCUAGGUCAUCAAAACACGUCUCGACUUGUGUGAUGUUGGUGACAUGGCUUGGCUUCUACAGUAGGAUAACAAUCUGGCCUACCUCCUAGGCUGUGUCAGCCUGACUUAACACAUCCGUAGUGCAGCUCAGUUAUACCAGUGGAAAAGAGGUAUUAGGCUGACUGCACAGACACAUUCUAGUGCCCUCUUCUGGGCUUAUUGUGGACCUAAAAUCCUAAUUUCAGGUUAGUGCAUUGGAAGUGAGUUUUUAAUGAAUGUUUAAAUGAUCCAUAAAGUAUAACAGAAUUUUAAAUGCAAUGUGAAUGAAUGUUUCCACCAUAAUAAUUAAAUGUUGAAUACUGAACCUCUCCCAGGGUGGACCCUAAUUAUAAGCUAAUCGCAAAAAAUUCCACUGAUGUAUCGUACAGUAAAAGAUGCCCAAUAAUCGUAUUGUCCAUUUUUUUCCAUAUUGCUAUACAGUGGUCUAUCGGUUAACGAUAUUAAUUGGUUCCACAAAAAAACAUUAAUUGAAAUUGUUGUUAGUCGAAUAAAGGAAAUAUAUGUUUAAAGGCUUAGUUUGUUUUUCACCCUAAAAACUUAGCUUAUAUAUUUAAAUAAGAUAUUUUAAUGAAUACAUUUUAUAAGAACAUAUUAAAGCAUUAAUAGAAACAUGAGUAAAUAAUGAAUAAAUAUAAAUUUGCAUAAAUAGAGCAUAAAAUACAAAAUAUUUCCGUAAUUUCCUGAUUAAUUUGCAGACUAAUUGUUCUCCUCACUUGUCUUAACAUUUAUUUUAGAGGCCAUUGUUAUUUAUCUUCCUUAACUUUUAAGUAAAAAAACACAGCAUUCAAGAGAGCUGUUUCCAUAAGCAACGUACAUUAAACAUUAAAAAGCUAGGCAGUUGCUCUCAAAACGCUUAUAAAAGUGCAUCGCUGAUUGGCUGAGGUCUGCUGAGUUCUCUUAGGAGAACUGCGAUUUGCCGAAAUUGGCGGCCGCGUGAUAGCCUAAACAUAUCGUUAAUCGAAAAUGUAUCGUUAAUAGAAACAAUGGGACCCUAUGGGAGGCGGAUCCUUAAUCGAAAUAUUGUUCACUGAUGGAAACGUAAACCGAGGGACCACUGUAUUGUGAUUAUCUUUUCUCCUUUUACUUUUGUUAAACAUCUUAUUUCCUUCAUGGGACCUCCUUUGCCAGUACCAAAAUAUGAGAAUAAGUUUUUCCCCUUUUAUUCAGCAACAAAACAGGUGUUAAGUUGUUAAAACAACAAACUGAAACCUUUUACAAGGAAUCAUGUCUGCAUUAACCACAAUACUUAUGGUCAAAAUGCAAACAAAAACACUCUAAUAUAUGCAUUGUCUUUGAAACUGAUUGGUCCACACCAGAGACAGCUUUUUUUACUUUAUUAUUUAAUGUGUAACUGACAUGGUGUGCAUCAUAAGUAUUGUCGAUUGUGACGUAAAGAUUAGGUAGAACUAUGUGCCCCAGUUGAAUCCUAGUAGUUUAAUUACUCUUUAAGUAAUCUUUAACCAUACCGGAAGUACAGCAAAGCACAAAAGCAAUAUAUACUAACAAUUGCAGAGUUAUGGGAAGCUGCUAUAAUGAUGAGCGUCAUGCAGUGGCGUAGCUAGGAUAUUUUGCGCCCGGGGACGAACUAUAAAAUUGGCGCCCCCCCCCCCCCCCCCCGUUUAAUCACAUACAAAAUGUAAUUACAUGACAUGUAGGCUGUGUGUGGCGGGAUAUAUAAACUUUUAGUUUGAGCUGUAGAUUUGUGCAGUAGUUUCAGGCUGCUGCGCCCGCCACAAUAAGUUAUAAUGUAACGUUGUAAGCCUCAUUUUGGCACCCCUUUACCUUGGCCCGGGGACAUAUGUACCCCCCUGCCCCCCCCUAGCUACGCCUCUGGCGUCAUGUCAUGCAAUUUGAUAGCAUCCCGUGAAAAAUAUCACAGCGACCGUGCUUCUGCCACAGUUGUUGCGUUUUCAUAUCUCUUGCAGGAGCACAGCAAGGAUUGCAUGUCUACUCAUAUCCACAUCUCGAGUGACAUCAAAUGGCAUGCAAUAUACUGUGCUGCACACAUGCUAUUUUUCCAAAGGUUCACAUGUUGCGCUGAUGUUUAGUCAACUACGAGCAAAGUGAAGUGCCGAGUGCUAAUUGUGAUAUUGGUCCCUUGAAUUCAUGCUUACCACCAGUGUUACAAAUUGAAUAUUUUUGCUCGUUGCCAUUUCUCGUACAUGAGCGUUUUUGUCGUGUAUUUUUUUACAAGUAUCUUUGUAGAGCAUUGCUGCCUUUUUUAAUGUGUGUACAUAAACUGAAAUCCUAUGCACAUACAGCCUCAGAAAUUAUAUCUGUAAUCACUCCCUAAAGUCCCAAAUGAAGCAGGCAACUCCAUCUCCGUUAACCACAGCACCAGCCACGCCAGCAUCAUUCAUCAACCACCUUAGUGGUGCCUACACCAGAAUUAAUUACUGUAACGUUACUAUUGAAUGCUCCACAGAUCAUAUUGCUGUUUAUCAAAACACAUUCUGUGCAAUAUAACGUAAUGUGUCUUACGCAAAUAUAAGAACGCAUUCUGGGUGUAUGGUGGAGCAGUGCUGUAGUGCAAGACUAAACUGGAACUGCCUGACGCGUGACGUUUCUGCGCACGCUGUAGACGCGGCUAGCAACAAGUCGGCAUUGCUCUACACACUUCAGUUUUUGGAAGUGCGGUUUUAUUUCUUACUCCAAUUUUUCCGUAUUUGGCGUCCCCAAGAAACCCAAUUUAUAUGCAGGACACAGUAUAUCUGCUCAUGGUAUGUAUGUACGUUGAACUUAUUUUGCACCGUACCUAGCCAACCGCCCUAAUCGGAGGUGGUAUUUCGGGCACAAACUUUCCAGUAUAAACCAGACCUCAAAAAGGCAUCGACAACCCCUGGACAAACCUUGACUUGUAUUACAAAUAAGUGAUGUUCAGUUUUCUGUUGAAUGAGGACCUCUGUGAUCGCCCGCUGUCUUGGGCAGCUGCAUACUCGUUCCCACGUUCCCUGACUGCAUCACUUCACCUCUCUGUCAAUCCUCUAAAGUGCCUUAUGUGCUUGACUGCUAUUCCACUCGAAUAUGUUCAUGAGUCGUUAUUUAUUCUGGUGAACUGUUGUGACAAUUUUUUACAUUUUCAGCUAAUAUUAUUGUCCUGAAUAAUGUCUUCUAUUACAUGUGUAGUGAGUCACUCGGAUACACUAAUAGUCGGAGGCACUAUAUUUAUUAUAGCUUUCACAGGUACAAGGAGUAACUACACUAUGGUCAGGACAGCUAACAGGCUGCCUGACUAACAACGCCGAGGAGGUGAAGACGGUGACGAAGACUCCAGCAGCACGACGGGUUCCACUCCAACAACAGCCCCGAACCUUCGCUCGGGGUCCCCUUUUAUCCA